UUCUAGGUGUUCAUUUUGCACCAAGAUAGCAUCGCAACGACCUCGUCAAGUAUCCAAAAUGAUCUUAAUCAGUGGUGGGGGACCUGUGCCAUUAAAUCCACAACCUUGUCAACUAUUUUGUCUGCCUUCAUUUAUCUUGGCUUGUCUAAAACCUUUUGUAGUCUGGUCAUUUCGGAGGUAUUGUAAUUGUAAUGUAAUGUAUUCCCCAUGUUCAUUACUAGGCAUUGAUUACUAGGCACUGUUCAUUACUACCCCAUUGAAAAACUCCUUGGAGAUCGAUAUGGGCUCCCUGCUUAAAUAUUAUAAUAAAAAAAAAAUUAUGUUUCAAUUUCAAAUGGUCAUCCUGUUUCAUUUUGAAAUAGUCGCCCCAUAACAAUAAAAGGAAAUAAACUACAGAAAUCGUUUUUCUAAAGAAUGAGUCAAACUCGUAUAAGCCACUUUUCAUAUUAGGCGCCAGGUACUUAUACCCAUUUGAAAAGAAGGGCGAGUCUUGCGUGUUAAUGGUUUAACCAAACUAUCAAGAUUUCUGGACAUCUUGCUUGAUACAACUAAGGGACGAGUCAUUAUUUAUGGCGGGGGGUGGCACCGAAGAGAAAAGGGUUGGGUAAACAAAAUUUUGAGUGAGUAAAAGGUUGGGUAAAUGAAAAACAAAACAACUCAAGGGUUGGGUAAUAAAAAUUUACUGUCAUUUCCAAAGCAUGACCCACUGAAAUAUUGGAGACUGAAAAGCAAUGUCAACAGUCAUUUGUCAAUACAAUAUGUGAAUCAAUCAGAGUCACUAUCUUCACCAUAGUUCGACAAAACAAAUUGUAUUUCCAAAGAAAGUACAUGUGCAGACAACAUGAAACUUUAGACUGCAGAACAUUUCACAAGCCGUUAUCAAACUCAUGUCACUGAAGUGAUAAAGGACAUGUAUGACAACUGAAUGGUAUCCUUUUGUUAAGUUUUUGGCCAGGGGUGGGUAGUUAGUUUUUAAUUGAUAUUUGAGGUUGGGUAAUCAAAUUUUUGUCUUUUUAAUGGUUGGGUCAGCAAAAUUUUUGACACGGAAAACAUUUCUCUUCGGUGCCACCCCCCGCCAUAAAUAAUGACCCGUCCCUUACCAUAGAUCAUUCCAGCUAUAGACGAAAUUUUGAUCUAGACAAGAAGAACGAAAUCCAUUACCACAGCUGGAAAGAGCAUCUUAAAAUGAGUAAAAUUACAAAGUUUGGUUGUGAAUUGUUGUAAAAUGAGGAAAAUAUUGCCCUGUGAAGUUCGCAAAUUUUGCAUAUAUUUGCAUUACGCGCGGUAAAAAUAACCAUUUCUGAGCCGAAAGUAACCACUUUAACAUUGUUCAAUCCUGUUUUCAUCAACUAUAUAUUGCAACAACCUGAUCGUUUUUAGCCCGCGUGUAUAUAAUAAAUUAUAUUUGUAAGAAUGACAUUCUCCUAUUUCCUUCUACUCUAUAGAAUGGGAUUCCAUGCUCACACAUCCCAAGACACAAUCCAAUCCUCUGAUGCUUUCAAAGUUCCGUCUUAUGUUUUACGUGCUAUGAUGAUGGGACAGGUAAACUUUCUAUGAUGACGUCUUAUUUAUGAUGAUCUAAUAACUCAUAGCUUACCCCAGGGCGCUGUAAAACACCUUUAUUACGCCCUGGUUAUCCACAGAGAAGCGCUUAGCCUUGCACAUUCAAUUUUGUUAUCAAAUCAAUUUUUCUAAUUUGGAAGGCAAUUCUGUCGCCCUGCCAGGGGUAGUGUGUCUCCAGUUCCUACAGAACACCACUGCCCAGGCCACACCUGAGAAAAGAUGGGAUCUUGGGAUUAAGGAAUAAUAAUGUCAUACUUCCUUCUCUGUCAUUUGAAACAUGUAUGUAACUUUAGAGUGCAGAAAAUUGCACAAGCAGUUAUCAAACUCACAGAAGUGGUAAGGAUAGGUAUGACAACUGAAUGUACCCUUUUGUAAGUUUUCGUCCAGGGGUGGGUAUUUCUUUUUUGUUGAUAUUUGAGGUUGGGUAAAAAUGUUUUAAACUUUUUAUGGUUGGAUCAGCAAAAUUAAUUUCCUGUAUAAAUAGUGACCUGUCCCUUUGAAAAAGGAAAAUUCAGGAUGCUAGGAACAUUAAACAUUUUAUCCAGGUCUGCCUAUGGCUCCCUCUAUAAUGAUUAUACAUUUGGUCAAUGGUUGUACCCUGAACCAUCAUCAAGUCUCAAUUCCGAAACCUUGGGGAACUGUAAAUAUAGAUGAUGAUUAGAAUAUCUUAACAUUUUUUAUGAGAAUCUUUCGUUACUAUUAUAUAUCUAGACAUGGAGCGAAGGAGAUGAACAGUUUCACUCUGAUUUGAUGGUUCCAACACUAUUGAUUUAUGGUAACCAUGAUAACUUCGUUACACUGGAUGAGGAGACUUACAUGCAUGAGGUACUCUAUAUGUAGAGGAUAUUACACAGCGGUGCAAGGAUAUGAAUUUUAUCUUCGAGUGGUAAAAACAAUAUUUACGAGUGAGUAAAAUAUUGUUUUCCACCACGAGAAGAUAAAAUUCAUGUCUUUAAGCCACCAUGUACAGUAAUGUUCUUUUUAUUAUAUACAGUAGUCACUUCCACAAACCUCGCCAUUUUUUCUGCGAAGUGACAACUUGUAAACACAAUGCAAUUGGCGGGAAUGAUCACGUGAUCGAUAUCUUCACUAGUAAAGAUAUGGAAAAUAUCUUACUGUGUAGUUUUUGGUAUCUCACUGUCUACUAUAUAAUAAAUACACUUUAAAAAUCUCAUUGCAGUAAUAAUUCAUGUAAAAAAAAUCAUGUUCAUUCAUGUCUGAUACAACACGGACGGGAAUGCUGUAUCUAGCUUGUGAAAUGUAAGGUUUUAAUUCAAAUAAUUAAAAUCAUUAUCUCAUUUAUAGAUAUCUGCUUUUCGCCGAUAAACUCUUCAACUUAUUACUCAUACUUUGAAACGUAAAAUUCUAUUUAAAAUUAAAAUCAUCCAAGUUGCUUACGAAAAUAAUUUGCAUUCCUCUUUAUUUUGAGUUUUUUUAAAAAAUUAAAACAACUACACUGAAAAGGAAAGCUGUACAUGUUUUAGGCAAAAUAAAUGAAGAACGGAGUCAUACAAAACAGUCAAAACGAACUUACAUGUACCCUACACUUCAGGAUUUUCCAUACUAAAUCAACCCUUAUUGUUUCUUUUAAAAUUUUGAAAAAAUUAUUUUACAAUUUAUUGCGUGAAACGAUCUCCCAAGCUUUAUUACAUGUUUUAUUAAAUCUUAGCCUCCUUCACUCCAGGCAAACAGCCAUAUUUUUGAGAUCAGUGAGAUGACCACUCAUACACCCAUGAACCGUAGUCAUGAUGAACUUUAGACUUCGCCAAAGCUUUCCUUUCCCUGGGUGUAAAUAGCUGGGCGGAAUAAGUACCCUCAACCCCGGGCUAAUGCCCGGAACAACCACGUCUUUGGGCCAAAUAAUGAUAGUUGGUUUCAGAUUUCACAGCCAUGUUUUAUAUGGGUGGGUAGGUCGGAAAAACAUUUUAUUUUAAAAAAUAUUUUAUCUCAAGUAUGCAAUAAAUAUAAGUUGUUUAUGAGCAAUGUUCACGCGUGAUCGAACGUGCGUGCGGGAUCACACGCGGGCUACAUGUGUUUCGCGAGAAACAAACGCAUUAAAAACAUUAAAACAUCAAGGCGUUUUCGUCUUUUUUCAGCCGUAGCUGCCAUGUCAGAAUAAUGUACGUUUUUAAUAUUUUAUUCAACUGUGUAAAAUUAUGAUUAACAUGACUGGAUAAUGCUUAAAUUAUAAGCAAACAAAAUAAUUUGUAGACAAAUGAGUCUGAUGACUAUUUAUAUAUUCUGUUCUUUACGAAAAGAUGGUCUUUACUGGGAAAUGUCAAUAAAAAUGUUUAUGGUCGGUCAUAUUUUUGACAGGUCGGUCGGAAAUCUGAAACCAACUAUUAUUUUUAAUAAAAAUUUCUUAAUAAAAAUUUCAGACAAUCUAUGGAUCGUCAUUGGAAGUCAUCGAAGAUGCUAGUCAUAUGGUCAUGUUAGAAUGUCCUGAAAAACUAAACGAACUGAUAUUACAAUUUCUCCGCCGUGAUGUAUCUACGCAGUCAGAAGCCUUACUCGCAAACAAUAGUCGCCCGGGAUGUUCCAGUAUCUCUGAGGUGAAAAAUACGGCAAGUACCAUACACGAAUCACAAGUUAGUCUUAAUACGCCUUCAGUUACAUAAAGAGGUCAGUGUAGCCACAAUAUGUACGAGACGUGAGCUUGUAUGUAUUGAGGCACCAAAAUUGACUGUUUGGAGUUCUGGAAAAGAAUUUGAUAGUUCUGGAAAAGAGCUACAGUACACGCGCCUGCUGUUGAGAAGUCUAGUAUAUAGUUAUGCAGUACAAAUGCGUGCGAACAUUUGCCUAUACGUGAAAGCAUUCUCUCAUGCUUGGUCACAUAUUAGUUUUUCGUGCGGGAGUCGGAUUUUUUCGUGUGGAUUUCUCGUGUGAGGUUGCUGGAAAAGUAUUGUUCUUUGGAAAAAAUUCGCCGUAUUAAAUAGUUCUUUGGUUUUUUAUCGACAAAGAUCCAUCGACAUAGAUCAAUCGAUUCGUAUGACCAUUAGACUUUUACAUGUGGAUAUUUGGUUCUUUUGUGUUGGUUUUCGUGUGUCGCGCGUCUUCAUCGUUUCAUGCUCCUGGGAAGGUAGUUUUCUUGUUUUCCACGAUGGAAGGAUCAUAUACAACAAACAGGAUGCAUACGAAAGUUUGGCUUUUGAUUUUCAUGUGUUGUCAGACAAGUGUUCGUAAACAAUUGAAGACUUUGGAGGGACGGCGAAUAUCAGAGAUGGCAAAAGGGUCCACUCUCUUUUGGUUAACGCUAUAAUUACUACAUUAUGUACAGAAUGCUACAACUUGAUCAGGAAGAGAGAAGGAGAACUUGGGCACUCAAGGAAAGUAUUCUCUGGUGUUCCGAAGCGGAGCCUGAAAUAACUUUCAAAACUUUUCCGGAAAAAAUGUCCGACCAAAAUGAAAUUUGAUCGGAAAUUUCCAAAUUUGGUCGGACGCACUAAUUAGUAUACAGAUCAGUGGUCGGACGUAACUGUUAAAUUAUUUCAAGAUAUAUUCGGCAAAGUUUUGAUUUAUUGGUAGCAUUUCGAUAUUAAGAGAAGGUUAAAGAUCCAAGAAGAAUAUUAGGUGACUCAAGCAUAAUUAAGAACUAUAUUUAAACUUACAAUUUUAGCCUUAUUUCGCCAAAAAUAAGUCGAAAUAAAGCGAAACAAAAAGGGCGGGGAAAAUUGCUUGACAGUGGACACAAUGUUAUACAAAGAAUAUUCAACUACAUGAUUACAGCUAUUUCAAUUAAGGUUGUCAUGGUCAAUUGUACAUUCCAAGCGCGAACAGGAAGAUGGGUAUACCAAUUUUAAUAUUUUGUUUCUGAAGGACCUAUAGCUACAGAUAAUAGUCGAAGUAAUAUUGAACAGCCAGAUGACUGUGCUACGACGUUGCUACAGAUCAGUGUCAAUGUUACAGUUCCGUAAAGGAAGAUGAAACCACAUCUUCUAGCAUACACUGUCAACACAUUAUCAAAUAGUAAUAUACUUUCAUCUGGUAGAUUUCAAGCCAAGUUGGUACGAUCAGUUUCCUAUGUUAGACAUUGCUCAUUGUGGUUGAACAUAUCUGUGAAAUCUGGGGAAGAUGUAAGCGCGCAUACAUCAUUUGCAGGGAGCUAAACGACUUUUUAUGAGAUAUUGAAGGCUUUUAAUCCGUAUUGGUGCUCUGUAUUUAAGCAAGGAACAGUCGCAUGUAAGCAUCAAGACGUUGCUCAUCUGACUAUCCAAGACCGUGAUGAAAAUAUCCUCAGAAUUGAAUUCAUUGGCGACGUAAGCCAAAAGACGCAAAAAUGGUUGAAGAGCGACAUACAACAGCAGUACAACAAUACAAACAAAAAAAGUAUGCUAUGCCAUCAAAAUACCACAUGAGGGAUAAACUCGUGGAACUUUCA